AUGAAAGGAUUCAGGCAGAACGUGCACGACGUGGAGGCACUCCUCUCGACCCCGCGCAAUAAGCCCUUCUCCUUUGCGCGCCUGGCAAGCAUUGCCGCGACCGGGGGCUUACUGCUCGCUGGCUAUCACUACAGAAUUGUGGGAAAUAAUAGUUUCGGAGGACUGGAGUCCGUACCCAACGGCUUGGCUGUGGCAGAUUUUCAGAAAUGUGCGAUCGAUAAUCUGCUCAAUACAGGCCUUCCUUUCCUUGAAAAUGCAUUACCCAUCACUCUCCUGGACUUUGAAGAACGCAGAGACCGCCUAGCCAAUGCGCUGGUAGCCGAGGGGGCUGAUGCCUUUGUGAUAGAGCCGGGCUAUACAUUCAAAUACUAUGGCAAUGUGAGCCAGCCGGAGUGGGAAGUGUGGGAGCCCGAAGAACGGCCAUUCCUGAUGGUUGUGCGCCCUCACCAAGAUGAAGAGUCGGGCAAUAUCACGGCCAAUACCACCUUUUUGUGCCCGUCAUUCGAGGCAGAGCGCGCGCGACUGCUAGGAAUGCCCUUUGCCAACCCCAUCCGUAUUGUCCCAUGGGAAGAGCAUUGGAAUCCGUACACCACAUUACAGCAAUCAGGCGUGUUUGGUGAUUUAGAUCGAGUCCCGCGAUUGAUGGUCGACGAAGAAAUGCGUGAUUUCAUCCAGCGCGGCCUGGCUACCGCCGGAUUUGAUGUCAUUGGACUGCAAGGUCGCGUCGAACAAGUGCGACAGAGCAAGUCUGAGAAGGAAGUUGAGAUUCUUCGCGCCGUCAACACGGGAACCGUUGAAGCAGUACGGCAAGUAAGGAAAUGUGUGGUCAUCCAUUCCUGUUGGUGGAGGCAGCUGCUCAUAGUGAUCACAGGCUUGUAUCCAGGCUUGACGGAGAGCGAUAUUGCCGAAGCCCUCAACAAUGCCCUGCGGGCUGCGGGCAUGGAACCCUUCUUCGACAUAGUUCUUUUUGACGAAAACGCAUCUAAUCCCCACGGAGGUACCAAUGGCUCCAAAGUGCUGGAGCCAGAGACAUUUGUACUCAUUGAUGUGGGGGCACAUCUCUAUGGCUACUCGUCCGACAUUUGCCGCACCUUCUUCCCUCCAUUCCUAGAAAAACCGGCUCCGGGGAAGCAGCUGUCUCCUCGGAUGGAAGAGAAGCUCAAGGUGUGGGAUGUCGUGUUUGAAGCUCAAACACGAUCGAUUGAUCAAAUGCGGGAAAACUACACUGCGGCCAGCGUCGAUAUUGCUGCUCGAGAAGUUAUCAACACUGCCGGUUACGAGGGAACCUUCACACAUCGUGUGGGCCAUGGCAUUGGGAUCAAAGCACAUGAGAGUCCUUAUUUGCACAAAGGGAACGUGGAAACUCUCCUCAAAACAGGCAUGACAUUUACAUCGGAACCUGGCGUGUACUUGGUCGAUAAAUUUGGAGUGCGACAUGAAGACAUACUUCUCGUCCGAGGAGAUGGCGAACCCGAGUUGCUAACAGGUAAACGAGCUGUUGGACCAUGGGAACCAUAG